AUGGCCGGUGUCACCGCAAUUGAGAUUCCACAAUGGAUUCAAGAUAAUCAAGGGGAUUUUGUGCCGCCUGUCUGUAACAAAUGCAUGUUUUCGGAUCAGCUGAAGGUGUUCUAUGUAGGAGGACCGAACCAGAGAAAGGAUUUUCAUUUGGAGGAAGGAGAAGAGUUCUUCUUUCAAAGAAAAGGAGAUAUGGUUCUGAAAGUGAUCGAGAAAGGACAGGUUCGGGAUUUGGUCAUUAAACAAGGUGAGAUGUUCAUGCUCCCAGCUAGAGUCGAACACUCUCCACAGCGAUUCGCCAACUCCAUUGGGCUGGUUGUUGAGCGUGAACGAAAGAACACUGAAUUCGAUUGUGUUCGAUUUCUUGUCGGCUCCUCAAAUGUGACACUUUUUGAAAGAUGGUUCUUCUUGACCGACGUCGUCAAGGAUCUUCCACCAUUGAUUAAGGAGUUCUACAACUCGAAUGAAUUUAAAACUGGUAAACCUGGAAAGGGAACAUUUGCAUGCAAUGCUCCAUACGAGGCGAGAUGGACUGAUCUGCCCGUUCCAAUCAACAGAAAAGAGUUCAUUUAUGAUCAUAUUAGUGAAGUCAAGAAUGGUCCGGUGAAAAUCUACGGGGCUCCAGAAUACAAAACGGAAGUCAUGUUGCUUGGCGAGGGGUCAUAUGAUUUGGAAGCCGGUGCUGUAGAGUUGAUUAUUUGGUUGCAGGAAAACACUUUCGCAGUUGUCGAGGAGAGCGGGUUCACCUAUGCUCUCAAGUCAGAGACAAUGGUCCGGAUAAAGCCAAACACCAAAUGCCUUCUAAACGUCAAGGGAGGAUUCGCAAUCACCAUCAGAAUGCCUGGAUAA